UUUCAUAGCUUGUAUGUUCUUGCAAAACCACGACGAUUCAUUCGAGUUAGAAACAUCUUGGAAGAAAAGUCUCAUUAGGAAUCGGUGUUUUUGCGUUAUGAGUAUGUAGUAACAUACAUCAUAUAUCAUGGCGCUCCUGGUAUAAGGACCGGUGACCUUUCCUAUUUCAUUAUGACAGUUCAGUUGACUUUGCCCGAAUCGGAUUAUGCCAUGUUGGAUGCUAACGAUCGCAUUACCACUCUUCAACUCGACACUGAUCGCCGUCUGCAGUUGUUGGAGCAGCAGUUGAAAGCUGUGAUGUCGGCAGCCGGCGCGUCACCAAAACGCAAGAGUGAUGAGGUCAUCCCUGCCGGUGAGCAACCGGAUACCGGUGUGUCACCGCCUUGUUCAAAGACGUAUUCUCAGUCUGAACUGGAUAACGCUGUCCGCGCUGCAGUCGAAAAGGCCAUGGAAGUCGCGCGGGAGAACAAUGCAGCACCGGUGCUCACUCAAACGUACGUUCGCGGAGGUGGACCACGUGGUCGAUUCAAUGGAUACAGUGGACGAGGGCGUGGCCGUGGAGGACGAGGCAGACUACCUCAUCAUGGACCCGGUGGACCGAUGCCAACCGCGUCGCGAGACAUCCCGGCGGAAACCACUGAAGAAGUGGAGCAUCCCGAUGGAUGCCGUGGAUCCGGAGCUUAAGGACGAUAUUGAGCGCGACGUCGUUGUACCAUCCACUCCUGCGCACGAGCCCCCGUCGCCAAUGGAAGAUGAUGAUCAUCGACCCGUUAUCCGGACACUCCGGAACCGUGCCAUCCGCAGUUCAUCACCUUAAUAUUCUUUUACCGCUUGCUUAUUUGUGCUUACUGUACUUGCUCAUUUUUGAUUCACUGUCUGUGUUUCCUGUUGUUGUCACUUUGUCUGGUGACCAAAGUUCUUAAGAUACGGGGUGCUGUGUGAUGAGUAAUCACCUGUAGUGCUACCGACACUCUUGUGAGUGAUGUAGCCGGUUAUGCAACAGUUUGUUGUUUAUGUCACGUUUGAACUGAUAU